AUGGCCGGUAUCGCAAUAGCACGUUUAACCGAAGAGCGUAGAGCCUGGCGACGAGAUCAUCCGUUUGGUUUCAUUGCUAGACCAGUGAAAAAUGAAGAUGGAACAUUCAAUCUUCUCAAUUGGGAAUGUGGUAUUCCAGGAAAAGUCGGUACUUCGUGGGAAGGUGGUUUAUUCAAAUUACGUAUGCACUUCAAAGAUGAUUAUCCAUCAACGCCACCGAAGUGUAAAUUCGAACCGCCGUUAUUUCAUCCAAAUAUUUAUCCGAGUGGAACAGUAUGUUUAUCACUGCUUGAUGAAGAGAAAGAUUGGCGUCCAGCCAUAACAAUCAAACAAAUUUUACUUGGAAUACAAGAACUACUCAAUGAACCGAAUGCUAAAGAUCCAGCCCAAGCCGAAGCUUAUGGUAUUUAUAUGCAAGAUAAAGCUGAAUAUGACCGACGCAUUCGAGAUCAAGCUGGACGUUUUCGUGCUACAGACAUAUAG